AUGCCAGGGGUGUGGAAGUUGCUACGUAUGCUGAUCUACAUGGUGGUUGGCCUGAGGAGCGUCAGUAGCAACAGCGACAUUUGGCCGCUGGAGAGACCAGAGGGCAUGCCAGCCAUCCAGUCGUUGGAAGUGAUGUGCGGAAAAGACCACAUGGACGUCCACCUCUCGUUCUCGCAGCCUUUCGAAGGCAUCGUCUCGUCCAAGGGUCAACACGCGGACCCGCGAUGCGUCUACGUGCCACCGUCCACCGGCCAGACGUUCUUCUCUUUCCGGAUAGCGUACGCCAUAUGCGGAACGAAGCCGGACAUGCACGGGCAGUUUUACGAGAACACGGUGGUCGUCCAGUACGACAAGGAUCUGCUGGAAGUUUGGGACGAGGCCAAGCGAUUGCGAUGCGAAUGGUUCAACGAUUACGAGAAGACCGCGUCGAAACCGCCGAUGGUUAUCGCGGACCUCGACGUGAUACAGCUGGACUUCAGAGGCGACAACGUGGACUGCUGGAUGGAAAUCCAGCACGGCAAAGGCCCAUGGGCACCACCGGUAUCCGGAAUCGUGCCGCUCGGCUCCACUCUCACCCUGGUCGUCGCCAUAAACGAUUACCGAGGUGAGUUCGACAUGCGGGUCAAGUCGUGCGUGGCUUCGGACGGCGGCGGUCACACGAUACAGCUGAGCGACGAAUUCGGCUGCGUGCUGAGACCGAAGAUGAUCAGCCGGUUCUUGAAGGCGCGUGGCUCGGACGACCGUGCGACCGUCAUCACCUACGCCUUCUUCCACGCCUUCAAGUUUCCAGAUGCGUUGAGCGUUCAUAUCAAGUGCAAGGUGGAGAUAUGCCGACACGGUUGCUUGGAUCAUUGUCAGCUGAGCGGUUCCGUAGCUCACUACGUUCAAGAGAGAAAAGAUCAGGUGCAACCGCAGUACAUACAACAGAGCACCGCGGCUUCCAUCGUGCCGCCCGACGACAACAGCAGCGCGGGUAAGGAGCACGUGGACGCAGCGAUGAACGCGGACCAGGCUGACGGUUCUCUAUACGACGACGUGAUCCAGAACGGCGAUGAGAUGACGUCGAUCGGCGGCCAUUUCCUGGACGUGGAAAAAUCAAUCCCGAAGGCGCAGGCACAGACGAGCGAUCGGCUACCGCCGAGCACAAUCGAGCCGCAUCCUUAUGAGAGCAGCGAGCUUCACUCCGACAACGCCGACAUGUCGAAGCCGUUUAUGGAACCACCGCGGAUCACUAGAUACGAAAGCGAGCAGGAUCAAUUUCCGCACGGGCCGCGUAACCUAGAGGAAGACACCGGUGCGAUGCCGACGAUGCCGCUGUCGGCGACCGCCCGGAGAAGACGCUCCGUGGUGGUGUCGGACAGGAAAGUGCGCAGCGCCGAUGUCGGUGUCAGCGGCAUCUACGAGGUCAUCUCAGAGGCGGACCUGGCGUUCAGCCCAGACGCGCAUACCGAGGCGGUGACGGUCUUCCAAGGUAGGAUACGCGAGGAGGUGGUCUACGGGAUCUGCUUGCCGAUGCCGGGCUUCAGCGCGCUCUUCAUCGUGGUCGCGCUCUCGGCGGUCGUGUCCGCCCUCGUGGCCGGCGCGAUGCUGCACCGGCUGCAGGCGCAACGGGAGGCCGCCACUGGCAACAGGAAGAACGACGCCGACGGCGUGCACACGGAUGCCAACGGCUGGCUGCCUUACGGCCUGCUACGCGUGCGCUGCACGUCGCGAGCCGCGCACCCUGAGGAGCUGCAGCAGGAGCAGGCGACGAGCGUGUCGCAGGUCGCCGCGUCGGACCCGUCGGUCGAGCGAGGUUGAGGACAGCUGAGGGGGCGAGCCCGUGUCGGUGAGAGACGCGGCAGACGCGCGUCUGGGAAGAGACAAUGUGCAAUAAUACGCUGUACAAAGUAUCGUAAGUGCGGAAGAGGGGUCGAUUUUGCGCCGAGAGCGAGCAAUCUCUCGUGAGUGGGCUGAGAGAGAGAGAGAGAGAGAGAGAGAGAGAGAGAGCUGCGUGUCGCAGGGGCGAGAGGGCAGGAGGAGAAUGCGAGGGAAAUUCGCGUCAGUGUCUUUUUCCGAAUGUCCUCCUGCGAGUCGCGAUCUGAGUUCGCAUUGAGUUCACGCGAAUCGCAGUCGUCGAGGACUCCGUCUCUCUCUCUCUCUCCCUCUCUCUCUCUCUCUCUCUCUCUCUCUCUCUCUCUCUCUCUCUCUCUCUCUCUCUCUCUCUCUUUCUCGGCACAUGUUAGCGAUAUUUUCACGCUAUUCUGUAAUCCCGUGAGAUGCGGCUUUUCGGUGCCUACGUCGCAGUGAAAGUUCGAGCGGAUCGGUAAAUCCUCCACAUCUGAGGUCGUUUAACUCGAGCAGGAUCAAGUGAGAACUCAGAAAUGAUAUUUCUGCCGCCGCGAUCGGAAACAUUCGUCUCAUAGAUGUAUUUUGUACUCAUAGAUUAUUUUUUAUAUAGAUGUAAAAUUGUUCUCCAUCUCCAUUUUGAUUCCUCGACUAAGAUAACUUAAGAUAGUGAGGUUAAAGGGAGGUACGCAAUUACGCAUUUUUCAUGGUGGCUAAUGUUUUUAUCUAGUAAAAAGAAACAUAUAAAGUGGUAACAGAAAACAAAGUUUGUGCGCAAUUUAUAUGUGCAUUGACUGAGUUUUUCUAUAAAUCCAUCGCCGAGAUUGGUCGUAUUUUGACUCAAUGAUGAGCGGCUGCCGAGAGAACUACACGGGUGCGCAUGCGCGCGAGGGAGAAAAAUUACAUGUACUCUCUUAUCUUACUCUACCUGGCACAAAGUAGAACAAGAUAACGUUGUGUCUGUACAUUCUAUAUCUAUGGUCUGAACAUUUGACUGAUUGAAAACUCGCUUGAGGUAACAAUUGAUAGAUUGAACUUUUUAAUUGUUUUAAACAUUUACGUUGCAGAAAAGUACAGGAAUUCUCGCGUCUGAUUUCGCCCGAAUAACAGAAGAUCAAUUGCACAAGCCAAGCAUUUCUUCCCAUGUGCAUUUCUCAAUUUCAAUCAAAAAUAAGUUUCAUGAGACUUUUCUUUCUUCCUUUUUCUCCUAUCUCCCCCUUCUUUUCGAAAAUACACCAACUACUUCGGAAACGUGUCUCUCCAAAGACCGGAGGUUUCGAAAGCGCCGCAUUUACAGGAAUUACAGAAUAGACACGCCGACAGUAAUGAGUACGAACGAGCGUUUCUUAGAAGCACUCGCAAGUCGGAUCAAAUCCGCGACAGCAUAAAAAAUCAUGAGAGUAUUUAUCGUCGUACCGGUAGGUCGUGUUCUCGCGGUGAUUUGAUGCCUUAGUUUUAUUAAUAAAAACCGUGGUUAUCGUGAAGAGGAAGUAACCUAAGAAAAUAAUAUUGAAGGUAAUCAUAAUUAUUACAUUUAGCAGUGUAUACUCGUAAGAAUGUGGAGAUGUUUCUUGUCGUACAAAUGACACAAAGAUACACGACUACGAUCGCUUUGGCGCGCAUGCGCGCGUACGAACUGUCCUCUGGAGACGUCGGAGGUGUGCGUUUUGGAAUCCCCUUCGGUCGAUCCAACAACGAACACAACACGGCGGGAUCAUGAGGCGUCGCCUGCGAGAUCUAUAUAAAUAAGUGUUUCUCUCUCUCUUUUAUUUAGAUAAUUAAACAGGUACUAUUAUCGUUUAUACGAGUCUCUACUCCGAAUCGUUCGGUUCUACUGCGUUUUUUUUUUGUGUAUGCUGAGGUCGUUACGUUUCGUACGACGAUUUGCUCUAAGGAGGCUAAAAGUUAUAUUUAUCUCGGAUGUGGCAAGAUGUGUAUAAAAUAUGUUAACAGUCACUGUUAGAAGAACUGACACGAUGAAAAUAAACGCGCGUUUUAAUUCCCAUCUCAUCCGCUCCUGAAUCUUCUCGGGCUUACACCAUCCGCGGGAUAUUUGUCGGCGCAACGUGCAUAUAGAAGAGGGUUUUCCGCUUUAUUCCUCUGCUCCUUCCCCCCACCUCCCCCCUCACUCGUUCCGCCUGUAAAUUCCACAUAAAUGAACGGAAUGUUUGAAACUGUGGAAUGAUAUAUCCAGCGAGAAUAUACGUUACAAGAUAUGAAACAUUCCUGUGCGUUUUUGACAAGAGUCUUUCUUAUCCGCAAGCCGCAAGCGUGCUACGCUUUACGAUCGAGCCUCUCUCCUUCAUUUUACUUCUUUCCUCUUUACGCCCGAUACACACACACACACACACACACACGUAAGUAAGCGCAUCGGAAAUGUCUGUGCGGAGAGAGAAAUGUCUUACGUGAAAAUCCCUUCUCAAGAUUCUCAUCCGUUGCUACGAAAGCGUUCCUUUCCUCUUCGAGAGACGAUCGGAAGAGACGUCGGUAAGCGACGUUAACGGACAAUAAAUCGAUCUGAAUUGACGUUCCCCGUUCACUUGCUCGUCCGAGUAACUCUGCGAAAGUUGCCAAGUAAUAAUAUUUAAGAGAAUGUUGUAGACCUUAAGUAACCCGUGCGUGUAUACACGUGUAAAAAAUUCGUCGUACACUUCUGUCGAUCGAGCAAUCCUUAAUCUAAGCGUGCGUGAACGCCACUGAGAGAAAGAGAGAGAGAGAGAGAGAGAGAGGAGAGAGAGAGAGAGAGAGAGAGAGAGAGAAUCUCUGAGGGCGCGAAUUGUGGCGUCAAAUGGGAAGUAUCAAACGCGAAAAAGAGGAGGGAAACAUACGCUCGAGCAAAAGUGAGGCGACGAAUGCGACUAUUUAGUUAAAAGAUUAUACUUUUAUUUAAUAUAGAUAAAUACAUUAGUGGCAAUAAAUAUAUUUACAGGACCUUGGAUAUAUACGAUCGAGCCCCGAUUAUAAUUUAUUUUUGUAUACAACGGUGCUUGCGCACACACACACACACACACACACCCACACACACACACACACACAUUGAUUUCAACCGCUUUCAUUGGUUAAAUAAAGUAACAAAAUAGAUUAGUACACACGGGACAGUGUAGACACUGCCGAGGUGAAGACGCGCGACUUCCUGAACACCUUCCGUACUUUAAGCAUCAGCGUUGAGUAUCGAUCGAUUGAACAAUUUUGGUUGAUGAUCAGACUUAGCACCGAGUAAAUCGUGAUUACACGCAGUGAUCGCUUCGCACAAUCGUAUUAUAUUUAUAUAAUUUAUAUUACUUUAAUUUAGAUGAUUAUGCGCUGAUAAUAAUAAUUGAUUUCACCAAUCGAUGGAAUUAUCCAGAAUUACAUGUAUGACAAAUGUAUGAUAAAUUUCUACGAAAUUAACACCCUAAAAUGCAAAUCUUUAUGAAGUUUACGCGCCGUUUGUUUGUUUGCGACUCGUCCAUAAAUAAUUUCCUUUCGACGUGGGCAGAUCAUGGAUAAUUGAUUUCAGUACGUAAUCUGAAGAAAACACACCCAAGAGACGCUUAUGAGGACCGGAAUUGUCCGUUUUCUUUGUUUGUUUAUAACUUCCUUUUACAAGAUGGAGAAAAAAGUCUUUGAUGAAUAAAUAGUGGACAAUCGUUUCAAUACGUAAUUGAAAGGAGAACAUUCUCAGGGAUGCUCGUGACAAUGUUCGUGCCGCUUUUUUUAUUUGGUCGUAACUUCUUCUUGCAAAAUGAACAAGAAGAAAUUAUUUAUGGACAAGCGUGGACAAAUGAGUGCCGCGUGAAUUUCAUGAAAAUUCGCACUUUGGAGUGCUAAUUUCACGUAUCUGUAUGACGAUUGGUUAAUUUUCAUGAUUAAUUCGCCGAUUAUUUGUUUCAACUAAAAUCUCAAUCAAUUAAUGCCCAACACUGUCAAAUACAUACGACUAUCUUACACUAGAUAGGUCACGCUGCGAAUAUAAACUAAUGACUGCACAAUUAUGUGUAUAACUUAUUGAGUCGCCUGUCACUUCCCUUGCAUUUUUAAGAACUAAUUUUUCUUAGCAAUACUAUGUCGAUCGCGAUAACAAGAACUGAAUGACAUUAUCGGCUGUACUCUUUUUCGUUUUCGUACAUCGUUCGAUUUGUAAGGCACAUGCGAGAGACGAGUCGUAAAUUUAAAUUUAUCUCGUCACCAGAUCGCGCCGCUUAUUGAGGAUGAUUUAUGUAGCACAUCAGCGCGACAUUUUGGCAUAAUCUUUCACAACUUUGAAGAAGCCAUAAAAACGUCACGUGUAUUAACGUGACGUGACGUGUAUUAAGUACUUUUUUAUCAUUAUCAAAUAUCCCUCAUGCUCGACGCGGCACAUUAUCUGCUAACGUGCUCGUCGUUGAUUGUAUUAAUUUACCGAUUGAGAAACAAUGAUACACACACGCACACACAUAUACGAUAUCUUCAUAUUUCAUAAAUUUAUUUUAUCCGUAUACCUCAUAUAUAUAUAUAUAUAUGUAUAUAUAUAUAUAUAUAUAUUUAUAUGCACAUGUAGGAGAGAUUCAGCCUGUAUACGAAAUUCAGCCUGUAAGGUGUUUUUAAGGAUGUAGGUACGUAAUAAAUAAAUAAUAAUACAAUAUUAUUAACAAUAACGCACGUCAUUAACGUUGCUUAAAUGCUAUGUAUUAUAGGCUAUUCUCGUAAAAUUUCAGCCUUAUCGUUACCCGGACGCGCGUCGGGUAAAGCAUUAUUAAAAACGAAAGAGUCCCAAGUACCAAAAACCAAAAAAGGAGGAGACUAAGUACGAAUACGCAGGUAAUAAACGCUGAAACAGGUUUGAUUAUCUUUGACUAAAUUUGCGGCGUAUCGCCUGUGUGUCGUCUGCGAAGGCCUGAGCCGAAGUUUCUUUACGACGAAGCACAACUCCACGGAGGUCGCGUUAUGGAACGAACGAAGGUGACGCAAAUGCUACGGUGUAUCACUCGGCUGUAAGACAAUACCGGUAGUGAUACUCCGUCGGAUAGCCUCUACGAAAAAGAAAAAAAAAAAACAAUUGACCUAAA